AUGGACAUGAUGGCGAAACAGCUGUCCCAGAUCGCGGUUUCUUUGAAUGAGAUACGGGGAAAUGAAGGGAAACUUCCUGCCACGGUCAAGCCACCCGACCGAGCAAACAUUAGUCACAUCACCUUGAGAUCCGGGAGGGGUUAUGAAGGGCCGACACUGGAGAUCGACGAGGAAGUACCCGCGCAAGCAAGUAAGGGGAAGGAGAGUCAGGUGUUUCAGGGAGAUAGCCCUAGACCCAGAGAAGUUCCUGUUCAGGAUGACCUCCAGAAAGGAGAUUUAGGGGGAUCUCUACCUCGAUCAGCUGAUCCAUUUUUCCUAGAUCCAGAGCCUGAGUUAGUAAGUAAAGAAGGAAGUAGGGAAGCUGGCGAACCCCCAGCUGGGAGUUCCACAAAUGCGGUUAAGCGGAUUUCUGCCUUUAGCAAGUUCAUCAAGGAAUUCAUAGCAGGGAAGACCAAACCAGAUGGAAAGAUCGUGAUCGGGGAGAACGUGUCAGCUGAACAAAUUGACAACUCCGAGUUGAGCCAUUUGAUCGAUCGAGAAGUUGUAGGGUGGUGUGCAGCAAUGAACACAAUGGAAUUGACAGAUGAGGAACUAACAGAGGCCAUCAUGGAUUUUUGCAGGAAUCCCGAGUCAGCUAGAUCAAGGGGAUCAGCCCAUGUGGCUAGUCUGGAGAAUUCUCCUGAGUCUGGGAAGGAAACAUUACCUGAUAUUGCAGAAAAAAAUCCCUUGCCCCAGGAAACGAAUAACACAAGGAAGGAACUGAAGACACUCCCACCACACCUCAAGUAUGCUUAUUUGGAGGAGGAUGAGGCAUUUCCAGUAAUAGUCAACAGUAACUUGACUGAGGAGCAGGAGAAGGAACUGUUGGAAGUGAUCAGGCGGAACAAGAAAGCAAUAGGGUGGACCCUCUCUGAUUUAGUAGGAAUCAGUCCUGAUCUCUGCAUGCACCACAUCCGUUUAGAAGAAGGGAUCAUCUACUCUAUUCCGGACAGUGAGUGGGUCAGUCCUGUCCAUAUGGUGCCCAAAAAGUCUGGAAUACAGGUUGUCAAGAAUGAUAAGAACGAAUUGGUGCCCACUAGGCUGGUGACAGGAUGGAGGAUGUGCAUUGACUAUAGAAAGCUGAAUGAGGCCACAAAGAAGGAUCACUUCCCCCUAUCCUUCAUUGAUCAGAUGUUAGAAAGAUUGGUUGGCAAAACAGUAUUUUUGCUUCCUUGA